AUGAAAAAAAGACCCAAAAAAUCAUUUCCUGAUUUUAGUAGAUUAUCAGAACCGAAAAAAUUUUAAAAGCAAAAUAAUGAUGAGGAUUAUGAUUAUUCUUUUGAUAAAGAUGAUGAUAAUAAUUUAUAAAAAAAUAAAGAUGAAUAAAUAGUUUAAUAGAAAGAUAUAGAAGAAGAUGAUAAAUAAGAGUACGAAGAAGAUUUUUAAGACGAAAAUUAAUAGUCUAAAUCAUUAGAAUAAGAAGAUAUAUAAUAAGAUGUAGACUACGAAGAGAAAAAUAUUGAUUAAGAUGAAUAUAAAAAGGAUGAAACAUAAGAAAUUUAUGAUUAUAAAGAUGAUUUUGAAUGA